AUGAAAUUGGCAACAAAAUAUGAUAAUAUAGACUGGUCUUCAAGUAAUCCUGAACAGCCUAUUUCUAAAGUGAAAGAAUAUAAUUACUAUAAAAUUUUACAGAUUUUGUAUCUCAAACCAGAAGAAUAUUCUUCAUAUCUGGAUGCUUUAAGAAAUUGUACAUGCAAGAUUUUAAAACAUUGUAAUAAUGCUACAUAUCAUUAUACAGAUCCAAAACUUAUUGAAUCUGUUAUUGGAAAGGGCAAACCAAAAAUAUUAGUUAAGGUAUACAAAAGAAAAAAAAUUUCUUUAAGCAAAGGUGUUUCAAAUAACAAUAACAGUAAUGAUGGGCAUAUCCUAUGUAAUGAUGAUAAGCAUAUCCUAAGUAAUAAUGAUAGGCAUAUCCUAAGUAAUGAUGAUAGGCAUAUCCUAAGUAAUGACAAUGAGCAGAUUUUGAAUCAGGAUGAUGAGCAAAUCUUAUAUUAUGAUGAUAAGCAAAUCUCAAACUAUAAUAAUGAGCCAACUUUGAAUAACAACAAUGUCUCUAAUCCCAAUCAAGAUGACCAAGAACAAAAAAAUAGAAGUUCAGAAAAUAAAUGCCAAGUU